UGUCAUUGAUGACAAUAAUAAUUGUUAUUUUUCCAUAGCGUACCGAUUUUCCAUAGUAUUUUAAGGCUUUUACGUUGAUUAGGGAAUAAAUAGAAAUUAUUAUGUGUUUUUACCUUAUUAACUAUACAAAUUAGAAUAGCUUCUGAAUACUAGAAGUUUUAUAUUAUUUACCUAUGCGAAUUUGUGAUUUUUUUUUUUUGUCGUUUAUAAAAACUAUUUAGUGUAUUUAACACCGUUUACGCUGCUUCGGAUAUCCGUUGAACAAUGGCAAGUAGACAGUCUGUUAGUUCAAUAUUGAAAUUACCCAAAGUACGACCACCGCUUAAAGAGAUUGAACCCAGUGAACAGGAUGGCGAUGAAAAUACUGCUUCAUUGCCUAAAAGAAAGGUGAGUUUCUCGGGGAUGAAUAAAAUAAAAAUGUAUAAUACUGCUGCGACUUCAUUAACUGUUUGUCAUGCACCAAUGUACGAUGAACAAUUUUCAAUGUUAUCCGAUUCAUCAAAUGCAGAAAAAACUGGAAAAAAUGAAAAAUCUGAUACACAUACUACUUUAGAAGCAACUAAUUGUACUGAUGUAGAGAACAACGGUCGUGUGAUUAUUGAAUAUGAUAGCCCAAACGAUAAUAUGGAAAUGACGGAGGCAAUGACUGGUAAAAUAUUUUCUCAAGAUACAAUUUAUACAAUUGACAACAAUGAAUCGGGAGAAAAUAAUUUAAAUUUGGACUGUUCAGACAACAUGGAAUUCACAGAAGCUCUUAAAGUAGGUCAAAUUUUGACAGUUAGUAACGAAACCAGGUUUGAUUGUUCAGGAAUGUCUGAACCUUCUGAUGAUGCUAAUGACAAAGAAUCCUUAACUCAAACUAAUGACGAAUCAACCACGCAAUUUUUUACCAAGGCUGCACAAAACUAUUUAGACGUAAGUAACGAAUCAAAUAAUAUGGAAAUUACUUAUGCAAAUACUGAGUCCAACAAUAUGGAAUUUACUUGUAUAACUACCAAAUCUCAGGCGUCUGGUUGUUCUAUUGAUAACAGUAAGUGUUCUAACAUGGAGAUGACUAAAGUGCUCGACGGUAAAAUGUACCAAGUUAACACUGAUUUAGAUGAAUAUACUUCAAUGAGCAUUGAAGCAGAACUGUCGAAUGAAAUUUUACAAGAUAGUCAGUGUAGCCCUGUAACAGAACCUGAUGAUAAUUUAUUAAGCCCUCAUAAUUUAAUUUCAAAUAAAAGCAAGAGACAUGAAACUAGUUGUAACGAUUCAGAGAUAAUCGAUGAAGAUCUUUCUAGUAGCUUAGUUUCAAUGGAUAUUGACGAUGUGACAAAAGACUAUGAGUAUAUCAAUAAACUUGUAGACAAUCAAGAAAUAUCUCAGCAUAACAACAGAGAUCAAUUAGGUUUAAAAGAAAAUUAUGAAUUUAUUGGUAAUAAGCGAGAAACUUCUUUUCGACAAAAUAGGAAAUCAGGAAAUUCAUUAGUGCCUGUUACCUCUUACUGUGUUAAAAAUGAAUGCUCAACAAUGGAGGGAACAAAUAACAAUAUAAAACAAAAAAUGUAUUCUAGGAAAUCAAUGGCUUUGGUAAGAUCAAUUGUACAACAUGAAUCUCCUGAAAAAUGUUUAGUUGAUAAAUCUGUUUUAGCCGAAGAUGAUGUAAUAGAAGAAAAUUCAAGUUUAAGUUUACAAAAUGAGUCUGUAGAAAAAGUUGAAACGAAAGAAUAUGAGUUUAAAAAAUAUUCAAGAAAAUCAUUAGCACCUAUUUAUGCACUACACAACCAAGUAGAGCCGCCAUCAAGUGAAAUCAUAUUUGAUGAAUUAGUGCCAAUUGAACAAAAUGAAGAAGAUAAAAAUUGUACGAAAUCAACGGUUUCAGAGUUAACAUUAUUUACUUUAAAUGAGCCUACAGAAGAAAUUCCGCUUACUAAAUCAUUUGUUGAAGAAAACCAACAAAAAAAUAUUUAUAGACAAUCAAUGGCACCUACAACGGUAUCUUUAUUGUCUGAUGAUAGUGUUCGAGAUGUAAAUAAUUCUGAGAAUGGACAAAGUAGAUUAAUCAUGAAAAAUGAAAUGCAGUCCAUGUUGCAUAAUAUAAACAAUGAUGAUAAUGAUUUAAAUUCACCUUUUAGAAAAAAAUCAAGGGUAUCGAAUGAUUUGUCAGUUAUGCAAAAUAAUAUUGUUGAUGACAAUUAUUUAGAACUGUCUGGAAUUCAACCAGAAAUUAUUGCAGAGAAUAAACAAUUGAUAAAUACAAACUUAGUUAGUAAUAUGGAUGUGUCUGUAGAAUAUGAUCCUAAAAAUGAAGAUUUUGCCAACCUAUCAGUUGAUCCCAUGGAUGUUUCAUCAUGUUCAUCAUAUAAUACUUCCAUGAUAAAAAAAAUAAUGUCCGGUUCUUCAAUCGGCGAAGAAGAACAUUACUUGACUUUAUUGAAAAGCGCAUCCAAACAAGGGACACAGCAAACAGAUCAGUCUUUCAGUAAAGAAAGUAGUUUUACGCAACAAAUAGGUAAUUUUUUGCAAGAAGUUGAAAAUUCAAAGAAAACAGACAUAAACAGUGAAAGCCAUGAAUCCAAACAAAAUAAAUUAAAUGAUUGUCAAAAAGAAGACGUAUUAACAAAAUCUUUUGAGCAACUUUCUGAAAGCCACAAACUAGUUACCAACAAUUUUGCGUUAGAAGAAAAUAAAUGUGUUGAAAAAUCGAUUGUUGUUAAUUUGGAAAAAAGUGCUUUGGAACUAAUCGAUCAAAACUCUAUUUCUUGUAAUUCCCAAGAUCCAUUUCUUGAAGAUAUUUCAGUUUUAUCAAUUCCAAAUGUCAAUAUUCAAAAUUGUGAUAGUUCAGUGGCCGGUAACAGAAAAAGGAGUUACAGUAAUAGAGAUUGUAAUCCAUUGUCUCAUACAUUUAAUUCAAAGCAGGUUUUAGUUAAAAAUGAAGAUUUUGUUCAUGACUUGUUGAUAAAAGACAGUUCUAUUCAAGAACCAUUUUGUAUCAAUGAACACCCAACUGAAUGUUCAGUAGCUAAAAAUUCAAUCUGUAUAGAUAAUAAUGAACAUUACACUACACAAAAUGACUUACUGGACAAAGAAAUAAGCAGAGAUGUAUCAAUUAGGGAAACAAGCAGUAAAGAAAAACCAGCCAACGAUAAGUUGAUUAAAAAUUAUGUUGACAGUGUUGGAUUAACCCAAGAUAAUUCAGUAUGCUACACAAGUCUCUAUAAAAAUAAUUCAGCUCAUGGCGAGGUUAGCAAAGAUACAUUGAUAGACGUGUCUAUGGAAAAAUGUUCAAACGAUGAGAAUACAGAUAAUAGUAAUUUUUCAAAAGAUGGUUCAAUGUUUAAGGAGUCUGUCAAGGAACAUUUAAUUAACGAAGUAUCGGAAUUUCUGAAUAGAUGGGAAAAACAAUUUCUUGAUGGUUUACUCGUUUUAGAAAAAUGUACAAAUACCAAAUGGAUUUUUAAUUUAUUGGCCAAACAUUUAUAUUUAGAAAUUAGCUAUUUUCCAAUGGUCGACAGUCAUUCGUUUCUUAAAUUAGAAGAUAUUUCUUUUUCGAAAUCAAGUACACAAAAUGAAGUAAUGAAAUUUGGUAUAAAUUGGAUUUUAUCAAAGUACAAUCCAAAGAUGUACAAACGUAUAUGCUUCACGAGUGGUCACAUAGAAUUAUUGUUAAAAUCAUUGUUGGAAGAUGUUCAAUUUAUCAACAAUAUGAUGCAAAGUAUGUCGUAUUUGCAAGAUAUGCACUGUGUUGAUUUUAAGGACAACAAAGCUUCCUUUGUGAUACAUCAAAUGAGUGAUCAUCCAAUGAUGACUCAAAUCGAGGUGUCCCUUACCAAUAUUCAUAAGCUUUGCGCCAAGGAUGUUGUGGUCGACUGCAUAUUUGGAUCAUUUGAUAUGAAGGCAAUGGGAGAUAUUAUUGAAACUAUCCCUAAAGAUUGUGAUACCUUGUAUUCAUUUAUUAAAAAACUUAAGACACUUUACAAGUAAACCAAGUUCACUAUGUAUAAACUAAUUUUUUUAUAAUAUUUUAUGCUAAUAAUUUAAAGUAAAUCGACGAUAAAUAUUAUGUUAAAAAAUAUUUCAAUUAGAUUCAUUGUUUAAUUUUUUUAUUAUGUAAUUUCUUAACAUCAUAUAUUUUUUAAAUUAAAGUAAGUAAUAUAGUACAUGUGUAGUUUUUUAACUACAUAAUAGCCUAUGUAUUAUUUUAUUUUUAUAAAUUAUACUAACUAAUAAUUAUUAUUUUAUUAAAUUUAAAGAAAGUUGUAAUAUAAUGUACUUAUGUACCUGUAUAAGUUUUAAAUUUGCAUAUUUUGUUAUUAUUUUAUGAACACAUAAAUACGAACAUUCCCCACCGCAAUGUAUUUGUUGUUGUCAAUUUUGUUAAUUUACGUCCAUUAACACAUGCUUAAAAAUGUGUAAAGAUUGUAUGAUAAUAUAUUAACAAUUUGUGUAUUGCUAAUUUAGUGUUUAUCAUAAUUAAAAAAUACAAAAAAUAUGUAUUUUUUUAAUUUACAAUAAUAUUGCCAGCAGUUCUGUUGGCUAGCAACAAAUAAGGAACCUUUUUAUAUAUGUUAUAAAUAUAAUGUACUUCACUGUUUUGAAAAUAAUUUUUCAAUUAUAUUUUGUACUAAUUUA